GCAGCAUAUUCCUGCUCCCAGCCCUCGCCAUGGCCGACACCUAUGCGGUGGUGCAGAAGCGCAGGGCUACUUCAGGCUCGGGGCCAAGGUCCCCCAUGUGCAGCACGGAGGGGGCGAGGUCCCCCAUGUGCAGCACGGAGGGGGCGCCGAUCUACAGCCAAGUGAUGCCCCAAACCCGCCGGCCUCAGGCCCGGGCAGAGGAGACACAGGGGGCACUGCCGGGCGGAGUUCCUGCGGAUCCCGGCCCCACUGGGCCCGGCGCAUACGAGGACGUGGCCAGUGGAUCUCAGGCCGGUGGUUUAGGCUUCAACCUGCGCAUCGGAAGGCCUAAGGGGCCCCGAGACCCUCCCGCGGAGUGGACCCGGGUGUGAGUCCGCGCCCAGCCUGCCUUCUCCCCACGUGGACGGCGGACGGCUGCGCUCUGCUGUGUGAAGUGCUGGGAACCGAGACGCCGGGCCUGGGUCUGAAUAAAUUUCGCAGGGUGGGAAAUGUGCAGGCUUUGUCCCGGUGACUGGCAUUCAAGGCUUGAGGCUGGGGGAGGGAGCUGGGGGACAAUGGCUGGUGAGGCUGCACUGGAUAGUUCAAGAGUAAACACCAGGAAUGGGUUCAACCCUAUGGGCCCCCAGUUGUGAAGGGGAGGAUGGACGGUUGGGUUUUUGGAAACUGUCCCCAUCACCACAUAAUAGACUAGUUCAUCCCAGUAUCUAAGCCUCUGUUACUUAGACAUUUAGCUGAUGACAUAGAGGGAUGGAUGGACCCUGAGAAAGACUACCCCCCACCAGUCAGGCAGAUCCAAGCUAGGCAUGACAACAGUCUAGUAGGCUGAUUUCAGACAGGUGAAAAGAUUUUCAGAUGGAGAAACAGACAGACCCCGACCUGGAGAGGCAGACAGCCAUACGCUAGACAGACAGCCAGACCUUCAGAGGGACAGUUCACACAGCUGGAUGGAUGGACGUCCAGCUGAGAAGGCCAGGCAGAUGAGACCCCGCCCUGCCGGACAAGACUCCGCCUCUCCGGACAAGACCCCGCCCCGCCGGACACAGACAGUCCCCUUAUAUCUCAGUGCAAGACACCCCCCCACUGCACCCCUGGCUCUUGUGAGAAGGCAUGCCUGGUGAGCCCCUGGGCAGUGCAGCGACCCGCCCUUGGCUUUUGUAAUGUGAUUCCCAUUCAUCCCCCAACGCCUAAACUACAGUGGAACUAGAAGCCCCCAAAUGCCAGGAGGCUUAUCAUGUAUAAAAGGAGGCUGGAACUUGGGCUCCUCCGGGCUCAGCCUUUGGAGGUGACUCUCCUGGGGCAGCACUGGUGCACAUUAAACAGUCAUUUUCUAA